AGCCUUUUUAGGCGUGAUAAAUAAUUUAACAACAAUUUGCUGACAAUUGAAGUAUAAUUUUACAAUUGAUAAUAAUAAAAAUCAUCAAAAUGGUUUAUACCAAAGUAUUUUCUCCGAAUAAAAAUCGUAUAAAACGUAGAUCAAUUGGAAAAAUGACAAUAAAACCAAGUACAAGUGGAGCAACAAAUUCAAGAACAACAACAACAAUAAAAGUUAAUAAUAAAACAGAUUCACAAGCAAGUAUUAAAGUUAUUGUUAGAGUACGUCCAAUAAAUGAACGUGAAUCACAAGAUAAUUAUCGUCAAGUUAUUAAAGUUGUUGAUAAUAAAAUGUUAAUAUUUGAUCCAAAAGAAGAAGAAAAUCCAUUUUUUUAUCGUGGUGUACAACAAAAAGGACGUGAUUUAUUAAAAAAACAAAAUAAAGAAUUGGAAUUUAUAUUUGAUCAUGUAUUUGAUACUGAUACAACAAAUGAAAUAGUAUUUGAUAAUACAACAAAAGACAUUAUAUUAGAUUUAUUAGAUGGUUAUAAUUGUUCAGUAUUUGCAUAUGGUGCAACUGGUGCUGGUAAAACACAUACAAUGCUUGGUAAAGAUAAUGAUCCAGGUAUAACAUAUCGUACAAUGGCUGAAUUAUUUCGUCAAAUUGAUGUACAACGUGAUCAUCGUGAUUUUAAUUUGGGUGUAACAUAUUUAGAAAUAUACAAUGAAAAUGUACAAGAUUUAUUGCAUAAAUCUGGUCCAUUAGCAUUACGUGAAGAUGCACGUGCUGGUGUUAUUGUUGCUAAUUUAAAAAUUGUUACAAUAAAUAAUGCUGAUGAAUUAUUAUCAUUAUUAGCACGUGGUAAUAAAAAUCGUACCCAACAUCCAACAGAUGCAAAUCAAGAAAGUAGUAGAAGUCAUGCUGUAUUUCAAGUAUAUGUCAACAUAUCAAAUAAACUUGAUGGACAAGUUAAACAUGUUAAAUUGUCAAUGAUUGAUUUGGCUGGUUCAGAGAGAGCUUCAGCAACUGGUUGUAAAGGAGCUCGUUUUAAAGAAGGUGCCAAUAUUAAUAAAUCAUUAUUGGCACUUGGUAAUUGUAUUAAUAAUUUAGCUGAUGGUGUUAAACAUGUACCAUACAGAGAUUCAAAAUUAACAAGAUUAUUAAAAGAUUCACUUGGUGGUAAUUGUCGUACUGUUAUGAUUGCAAAUAUUGGUCCAUCAUCAUUGAGCUAUGAGGAUACUUAUAAUACACUUCGUUAUGCAAAUAGAGCUAAAAAAAUUAAAACAAAUAUUAAAAAAAAUAUAAUAAAUUGUCAAAUGCAUGUUACAGGUUAUAUUAAACUUGUUGAUGAACAAAAAAAAGAAAUUGAUUUAUUAAAACAAAAAAUAUUAAUGAUGGAAAAUCAAGCAAUACAAAGAAAUCAUUUACCAACAUCAUCUACUCUCAUUAAUGAUGAUAAUGAUAAUAUUAAACAAUUUAGUCUUAAAUUAGCUGAUUUAUAUGAAAUGAAAAAAAGUUUAAAUGAAAAAAUUUUAUCAUUACAAAGUACAGAUAAAAUAUUAUGUUGUAGAAUACAAUAUAAAAUUGCUGCUGAUAAACGUUUAAAAAAUUUAACAAAUGCUGUUGAUAUAAUGAAUGAAGAAGAACAAAAUGCAAGUGGUAAACAACGUGUUAACAAAUCACUACUUCAUUUUAAACGUCAACGUCAAGUUGUUAAAAUACAAAUGGAACAAGCAUGGAAUGAGCUACAAAUUGUUGAACAUGAUUUAAAUAAAUUAAAUGCUGACAUUGCAUCAAGUGGAUUAACUGAUAAAUUAGCUGAUAAAAUAACAAUUCAUUUGACUCAAAUUGAAAAAUCAAGAUUACAACCAAUGUAUGAACAUUCAAGAAAAAUAUGUAGUUUACAACAAUGUGAAAUGGAAUCAUCAGACAGUGUAACAAGAACAAUGAGUCGUUUAUUACAACAGUAUUAUUCAACAAUGAUUGGACAUAAAAUUAUGACUGAUAAAAUGAAAUUAGAUUAUAAACAAUUAAUUAAAUCAUUGGAGGGUGUUAAAAAUAUUAAAUGGGCUGAUAAUGGAACAGCUGAUUCACUUGAAGAUUUAUAUUGUCUAACAAGUUUAUCAACUGAAGAACUUGAAGAUCCAAUUAACAAUGAAAUACCAAUUUAUACAGCAGCUUAUCUUGAUGAUAAUAAUACUGAUACACCAUUAAAGCCAUCAACAGCAACACCAACAUCAUCAACAACAACAACAACAACAACAACAACAGCUUUACAAUUAUCACCAAUAAAAUAUAAUAAUGAAACUGUUGUCAUUGAAGACACCAUGAAUUCAACAGUUACACUUGAGUCACCAAUAACAAAACAUAAUAAUAAUAAUAAUGAUAAAAAUAUUAAUAUAAUCAAUGAAAUUAAAGCAAAUGAAUUAAAUAAUACAUUUAAUUUAAUUGACAAUAAUAAUAAUAAUAACAAUAAUGAUAAUAAUAAAGCAAAGAAACGUCAAUUACCUGAUAAAAUUAAUGCUCUUUUAAUUAAUAAAAUAUCACCUAAAAAAGUCAAAAAAAUAUCACCAAGAAUUAAAACAAAUAGUAAACCAACGACAACAACAACAACAUCAACAACAUCAACAACAACAAAAACAAUUUUAAAUGGAAAAGAAAAUACUAAAAAUUUACAAAAACCACCAAGUGUCAUGAGUGCCAAGAGUAUUGCUAUUUUAAAUAAAUUAAAGACUGAAAAACCAAAAUUAUUAUCAUCCAUUUCCGUUUCAUCUUCAACAAUUAAUAAUAGCAAUGGAACAAAUCAAACUGAUGCUGGAAAAGUAUUGAAACUUAAGGAAAGAAGAGCCAUAACUGGAGCUCAUCCAUAUCAAAAACUUCAAAUUAAAAGCAGGCCUCCAACAACAGCAUCAGCAACAACAACGGCAUCAAGUAGAGUACCUUGGUGAAUUGAUUUGAGAUUUUAAAUUGUACACAUCUAUGGAACAUCAUUUUUUUAUGAUGAGAGAUUAUCAACAAAAAAAAAAAAAAUAUAUAUAUAUAUGUAUUCCUGAAAUUGAUGGCCUA